AGACUGUCAACGUCGCCACAUGAUAUCUUAGCCAUCUUUACGAUGCCGUUGCCGUCUUCUGUUGCCUUAUACGGCCUAGCGCUCGCGUUUGGCUUUGUGACUGGGACUACCCUUCCGAUCUCCGAAGUCAACAAAAGACAGGAGAGAUGUGUUGCAAGCACGCAAACCCAAGAGGAGCUCGCCUCUCUUCUUUCCAAGAAGGCAACCAUCCUGGGACCGACUAGUGUGGAUUGGGCAGAUGUGACUGAGAGGUACAUGGCGCAGGUUCAACCUACGGUCUGCCUAUCCGUACGUCCCGGAACGGAGGAUGAUGUGGCAGAGAUUGUUCGAUUCGCAAAUCGACUUGAUGUCCCAUUCUACACAGUCAGCCGUGGCCACGCCUUAACAGAAAGUGUUGGGCGUUUCCGAGGCAUCGAGAUUGAUCUGAGGGACCUUAGGGCCUUUGAAGUCAACCCAAAUAACGUGACAGCCUUUUUCCAAGGUGGCGCGUACAGCCACGAAGUGAUCGACGGUCUUUGGGACCAAGGAUUUGUCACAGGCACCGGAGGCUGCGAAUGUGUGAGCGUUAUCGGCCCGGCCCUGGGUGGCGGCCAUGGCCUACAACAAGGCCGACACGGGUUAACCAUGGACAUGCUUGUUAACCUGAACGUUGUGUUGGCCAACGGAACCGCCGUCCAGGUCAACGAGACCAGCCACCCGGACCUCUGGUGGGCCAUGCGAGGCGCCGGUCACAACUUCGGCAUCGUCACGAGCUUCGAAUCCAAAAUCUGGCCCGAAGACAAGUCGAAGACCUAUCUAGUCAAGACAUACCAGUUUGCUGGACGAUCUCUAGAGGCUGUGAUUGAUCGAGUAAACGAAUUCCAAGGCCUCGGCACUCUCGAUCCCUCAUGGCUUGCCUCUUUUGGUCUUUACAUCAUGAAUACAACUUUGAGCAAGACUGAGGCCACUAUAAACUGGGCCUUCGUAUUCAGUGGCUCGCCGGAGGAGGGCCACGCGGUGCUGAAGCCUUUUGACGACCUCGGACCCCUGUCUGUGGAUGUGGUGAACGUCCCCUAUCGUGUUGUUAAUGAAUACGUCGGCGGGGGAAUGGAAGGGCGGCUGUGCGAAGGGAACAAGACCCACGUCAUUGGGACAGCCAACCUCCAGACCUAUAACAAGACAUCUAUGCGUGCUAUUUACGAUCUAUACAACGAGAGGAUCCGCCAACAUCCUAGGCUUGGAGAUACUCGAGUGUUGGUAGAAGGGUACUCAGUCGAAGGCGUGCUCAGCCACCGCUCGGAGGACUCGGCUUACGCUCUACGCGACGAACACAUUUUAACAUAUUUUGACACGAGGUUUGACUCGAUGGAUGAUCCUCUCAUUCCCUUUGCCACGGAAUGGCGUGACCACACGGUAGCGUUGUGGUAUGGGGGACAGCCGGAGAGGCGGCCUACAACCUACGUAAACUACGCCGCGGGGUACGAGUCGCUCGAAGCCAGGUACGGGCAUGAAACAUGGCGGCUGGAGAAACUGCGCAAAUUGAAGCGUCAGUACGACCCUGAUAACAAGUUUGCCUGGUACAACCCCAUCUUCCCCCCUGCUUAG